GCGUUCGCAGGGUAUUAAGGAACUUUAAGAAAUGGAACUGCGUAGACAACCCGUUUAGAGGUAUUUCUUCUGGUCGUAAGAAAUUAUUCAGAAGUACUGAUAUGAAGGUCUGGGAUAGUUUGUUCUUACUGUCAGAUUCUUUGAUUCAUAAGACGGCAGCGGAAAGGAAUGAAUUAUUGCGUAGUGCGUUUAUUGCAGAAAUUGGCUCCGAUUACGUACCUGAGCAAUUCAUCUUUGUUGAUGAGAGUGCUAAAGAUGAACGUACUACCUCAC